AGACCAUCAGCAAUCUGACUCAGCAUCUGCAACCAAUGAUCAAUCUGUCCCAAUCGAGUUAGCUCAGUCUUAACUACGCAAGCUCAGCACGUCAUUUUUUGAUUCUUAGUUUUCAGCCAGUCAUUAGCGUCGUUGGCGGUUCGUGCUAAGGUUAUAUCGGGACAUAAAAAGGCGCAUUCUUCUGUGUUCGCAAGAUAUUGCUGUCACUCGACAAACUUCCCACUUUUAAAAGGAAGGGAUAUCUUGAGCAAUUCAAGAUGAAGGCUUAUUAUUAUGAUAAUGCGCCGGGUGACCAACGCGAAGACCACGACUCCGGCCGCCCCGUGACAGAAUCCCACCUCCAAUCCCUCGGCGUAAUCUACCACCACUUCCCCUCCCUCACCUCUGUGAACGCCCUCGCCUCUGAACGCGGCUACAAAAACCGGGACGAAAUAACCGUCAGCCCCGAGAAAAUGGGAGAUGUAUAUGAAGAAAAAGUGAAAUCUUUUUUCAGUGAACAUUUACAUGAAGAUGAAGAGAUUCGAUAUAUUCUUGAUGGAGAUGGGUUUUUUGAUGUUAGGAGUCGGGAUGAUGAUUGGAUUAGGAUUCGACUGGAAAAGAAUGAUUUGUUGAUUUUGCCGGCGGGGAUUUAUCAUCGGUUUACUACCGAUGGGAAGAAUUAUAUCAAAGCUAUGCGUCUGUUCCAGGAUGAGCCGAAAUGGACUCCGUUAAAUCGCGGUCCAGAGGUUGAUGUUAAUCCUCAUCGGCGGGAGUAUCUUAAGAAGACUACUGCUGUUGCAUAAGUUGCAGUUUAAACUGUCGAAUGAAGCGUUGAUAUCUAUCACUUGGACAAUAUCAUCAUUAAUUCCUAGUCCACCUAUUCAGGAGUG